AUGAGGCGACCAGAUUUGAAAUACUGUCCUACAUGUCGUAACCUCAUGUUCGAAAUAGAAGAUACUAAUGCUUCAAAACUUUUGUUGAAGUGUCGUACUUGUGAUUAUAUAGAAGAGUCUGAACAUAGAGAUCAACUAGUUGAUUUUAUGCGUAAAACAAACUAUUGUCAUGAUGAUCAAUUUCAUCCAAGGUUAUUUCAAGACGCAUCCUUUAGAAGAUGUAUUAUUAAUUGCAAUAAAUGUGAUAAAAAAACGUGUGCUCUUGAAUGGCAUUCGCAUCGUAAAGAAUCAAUGAACGUGGAAUAUUGGUGUGAAGAAUGCGAGCAACAACAACCAUCCCCUCAUAAAAAUGUAGGUAUGAUAUAUGAUACUGAGAGGCCAGACACGCAAAUUGAUCAAGAGGGAUAUUAUACUGAUGAAGAAAGAAUUGAAUUGGAUACCGUCGGGCAAGAAGAUUUUUAA